CCCAGGCAGUCCUCCGAGCAGUGCUAGUCCACCUUGCUAGCUCGCCCGCUCGUCGCGCUCCCUCGAUCAGAUCUAAUCAUUAUUUAAUCCUUUUUUUUUCCAGUCUCACAUGAGCACUCCCCACUCGUCCUCCACCUCCUCCGUCCCACCACACCGCGCCUCCCCUCCCCAGAUCCCCCAAUCCCUAACCCUAGCACCCACGGCGUCCUCCGCCUCGCCCUCCUCCUCCUCCGCGUCCGGUAUGCGGGACGCGGCGGAGGACGACUCCGACUCGCCGCCGUCGCAGAUGUCGGAGGACGACCCCGGCGGAGGGGGCGGGGACCGGUGGGAGCCGGAUCUGCGGGGCGGCAACGGCGGCGGCGGCGGCGGCGGGAGGUGGGCUCCGCCGGACCAGGUGCUGGAGAACGUGCUCGAGACCGUGCUCGAGUUCCUCACCGCCGCGCGGGACCGCAACGCCGCCUCGCUCGUCUGCCGCUCCUGGUACCGCGCCGAGGCGCAGACGCGCCGCGAGCUCUUCAUCGGCAACUGCUACGCCGUCUCGCCGCGCCGCGCCGUCGAGCGCUUCGGCGGCCUGCGCGCCGUCGUGCUCAAGGGCAAGCCCCGCUUCGCGGACUUCAGCCUCGUGCCCUACGGCUGGGGCGCCUACGUCUCCCCCUGGGUGGCCGCGCUCGGCCCCGCCUACCCGCGGCUCCAGCGCAUCUGCCUCAAGCGGAUGGCCGUAUCCGACGACGACCUCGCGCUCGUCGCCAGCUCCUUCCCCUUCCUCAGGGACCUCUCGCUCGUGUGCUGCGAUGGCUUCAGCACGCUCGGUCUCGCCGUCAUCGCCGAGCGCUGCCGGCAUCUUCGUGUGCUGGAUCUGAUCGAAGAUUACGUAGAGGACGACGAUGAGGAGCUGGUGGAUUGGAUCUCCAAGUUCCCAGAGUCCAACACCUCUCUGGAGUCGCUUGUCUUCGAUUGUGUCAGCUGCCCGUUCAACUUUGAGGCCCUGGAGGCACUUGUUGCACGCUCACCGGCUUUGCGACGGCUGCGUGUGAACCACCAUGUUUCAGUAGAGCAGCUGCGUCGUCUCAUGGCAAGAGCACCCCAGCUUACGCACUUUGGAACUGGUGCAUUCCGAUCUGAGGGUGCCCCUGGUGGGGGGUUGGCUGUGACUGAGCUCGCUACAUCUUUUGCUGCAUCCAGGUCUCUGGUUUGUCUAUCAGGUUUCCGGGAGGUUGACCCAGAAUACCUCCCGGCGAUCUACCCUGUCUGUGCCAACCUCACGUCACUAAACUUCAGCUUUGCAAGCCUAACCGCUGCGGAACUGAAGCCAGCUAUUCGCAACUGCACGAAUCUUCGCACUUUCUGGGUCCUUGAUACUGUGGGUGAUGAAGGCCUUCGUGCUGUGGCUGAUGCAUGCUCUGAUCUCCGUGAGCUGAGAGUUUUUCCUUUGGAUGCCUCUGAAGAUUCCGAGGGUUCGGUCUCAGACGUUGGUCUUCAGGCAAUCUCAGAAGGCUGCCGGAAGCUGGAAUCAAUCCUCUACUUUUGCCAGAGGAUGACAAAUGCAGCAGUAAUUGAUAUGUCGAAGAACUGUCCUGAGCUCGUAGUGUUCCGCCUCUGCAUUAUGGGCCGCCACCGACCCGAUCGGGACACUGGGGAGCCCAUGGACGAAGGUUUCGGUGCAAUCGUGAUGAACUGCAAGAAACUCACCAGGCUUUCGGUCUCCGGCCUGCUCACCGAUAAGGCCUUUGCGUACAUCGGAAAACACGGGAAGCUAAUAAAGACCCUCUCCGUCGCCUUCGCUGGGAACAGUGACAUGGCCCUCCAGUAUGUAUUCGAGGGGUGCACCAAGCUGCAGAAGCUUGAGGUCAGAGAUAGCCCUUUCAGUGACAGGGGUUUGCUCUCAGGACUGGACUACUUGUACAACAUGAGGUUCUUGUGGAUGAACUCGUGCAGGCUGACGAUGAGGGGCUGUAGAGGUGUAGCUCAGCAGAUGCAGAAUCUGGUGGUCGAAGUAAUCAAGGACCACUCCGAAGAUGAAGGGGAGGCUGAGACCGUUGACAAGCUGUACUUGUAUCGGUCACUGGCAGGGCCAAGGAAUGAUGCUCCGCCGUUCGUCACCCUCUUGUAGUGCUGCUGCCGCCACCGGAAGAACACAGCCCUGCUGUACCCACGAACAUGUUUGUUGUAUUGUUAACUUACCAAGUUUUCAGAGCAAGCGAGGGGAGCGUCCUGCGGAUGAUUUUCAAGGUGCUGCAGGCGAGGGGAGCGUCCCAUCGUAAAAUCAAUCAAGUCAGAACCUGCCGAUUAUUCUUUUCCACACUUGAUCUGGCGUGGGCGGCAUCCAGAGUUGGGGCAGUUGAGGAGCACAUCCAGAUCCAGAGCGAGAGACAUCUGAUGGCCUCCUCAUUCAUGGCGCCAGCGCUUACAGUAAUAGCAGUGAUGGAUGGGUAGUGUCUGAUUGCACAGGAACUGACUGCACACUGAUGGCUCCAGUCAGCAGGCUUGGGGGACGGUUCUGUGGCGCUCUCAAGUCUCCAGCUACUUGUGCUUUGUGCCAUCUCCCGUUCCAUUUUUCAGAUCAGACCAAUGAAUUGGGUGGGGCAUUGCUGCCUACGUCCAAAGCUUCAGUGCUCCACCACCGGCCAUUACUUGUGUUUUAGAUUACUCCAAAACUCGACCACUCCGCUAUUUUUUUCCCUCCCUUUUCCCCCAUUGUUUUUUUAGCAUUCCUGAGCUAUAUUUUUUUUUGUAGACCUGUAGACCAUCAUGCUAUUUUUGAAUGAAGAAUCUAUUGGAGG